AUGGACCCCUCGAAGGCGGCUUCGAGCAAUGUGACUGGUGUGCUAACCCCCGUUCCGCUUGACAAAUACAGUACUCUUGCUAACAGCGCCACAGUCGAGUAUACCGAUCCAUCUGGUCUAUUCUCACUAGUACAACCUAUCAUUGAAUCAAGACUUCCUCUAAAGAACCUUCACUGGAAAUCGCCAACCCGCCCUGUUCGAUCGAUUGAAUCGCUCCGUAUCGGCUUCGUGCCCGCGCAGGCUGAGGAAUCCGAUCGCCAGUCCCUUAACGAUGGCCCUUCAAAUGUCCCGCACCGACGCCAUCAAAUUCCUGGCUUGCGACAAACUCCAUACUUAAAAGUCUACCUCCUCCGCUGUGACGAUAAUGAUACAUACAAAGCUACCGCACGAAAGACGCUGCGGGACUGGAUCAAGGCUCAUGGGUCGACGACCACCUCUCAAGUGGCUGGAAGCAGCCAAGAAAAACACGAUGCUUUUGACUGGCUUAUCUUGCAUGUGGUUCAAGAUGGGGAUGCCGAUAAGACCCCUACGUCGACCUCAAAAUGGGGCCGCAGCCAAACUACCGUUCUUGAGAAGGUAAAGGCGGAUUUCAAUGGGACAGCCAAGACCGCUAUCGAUCGCGUGGCACAACUACGGAUUCCCCAGGUGGGAGCGGCUAAAGCUCCGGAACAGCGCGAGCAGCUUGAGGACCUGAUUGAUAAGAUGAAGAAUGGUGUUUUGGCUUCUUUCGAUCUCCGUGUGGCCCAGUAUGAAGAAGACAUCAAGGAAAAAGACUCUCAGCGGAGCCUUCCUGGUUGGAACUUCUGCACGUUCUUUAUGCUCAAGGAAGGUCUCGCGCGAGGCUUUGAGAAUGUUGGCCUGUUCGAAGAUGCGCUGAUCGGAUAUGACGAGCUAUCUGCUGGGUUAGAUGCUGCUAUACGAGACCAAGUCAAUGGAUUUGGCGAACAGCAUGGAAAUACGCUUCAGACAUCGAGCAAGGUCUGGGUCGAAGCUGCCAAAAAAGCCUUGGAAUCUGGGCCGCAGACUGAUGCUCAUGACAGCGACGAGAACGAAGAGUCUUUUCUGGAUAUGAAACCAGAAGACUUUCCACUCACCUCUAAUAAAAUACCCUAUCGGGAUAUGAUAUUGGCAAGUGAAAUCUCGAUUUCCGAUUUCCGAACCUACAUCUUCUCUCGACAGCUCACACUGCUUUUGCGAGCAGCAAGGGCUCCAUCAUUAGCCAAUAAUGAACGAACCAAAAAGCCAGCAGAUCUAAUUCUUCUCUCUUUCAUCUGCAGAAGGGCUUCCGAAUUUAUUAGUCUUGCCGCGCGCACACUUCGCCACGGCCUCGAGUUUGGGCUAGCAGAAGUGGAAAAUGAUGCUAAAACGGAUAUCAUUAGCAACAUUGUGUCUUCAUGGGCCUAUUCUUCUGCCUUGCAAGUCCUCAAUCAGACCUUUACCACAAACCUCAUCCUACCGGAAUUUUCUAUUCACAUGGUGCCGCGAGCCAAUGAACCCCCAAGUACCGCUGCACCAGCUGCACCGGCGGCAUCGACUGCAGAUGUUCGCAACGUACCCCGCAGAUCAAGCUCAUUGAUAUCUGCUUUUCGACCUCCCCGUCCCGUGACUCAAGAUAUGUCCGAUAGCGUCGGUCCUCUUGCACGCAGGUCAACUUUGGACCACCCUCAAGCUCCACCAAUAUUGACUCAAAGGACCGGCUCCGAGCAGCUAGCCUCUGGAAGAGGGGACCUACUACUUCUAGCGCGUCGAUCUCUCGAGGAGAUCGCUCAGCGGAGGGGCUGGGCUGAGAAGUGGAAUGAUCUCGGUCUGCUCUUUGAUAAGAGUCAUAGCUCUGGCACGAAUGACAUGACAAAUGUGUCGUUGGAUGAAGACUCCGAUGACAAGCCCCAGGCAGAUGGCAAAUCGAUACAGACUUCACUUGUGGGUAUUGAACUUCCUGCUUUGAAAUCUGCGUUGAAGACAAAGCAGAAUUUCUUGUCCCUCUACGAAGACCUGACGGACCAUAUUAUUCGUCAUAACAUGGCCGCAAGCCGUGCCAACUCAGCUGAGAUGGCCCUAGCUGAUAUUGCUGUUCUGCGAUUCCGCCAGGGUGACUAUGAAACUGCUGCUUCCUAUUUCCACCAGAUGGCUCCAUUCUAUGGCAGUAAGCUCUGGGUGAUUCUGGAGGGAAGUAUGCUGGAACUCUAUGCGCGAUGCCUGAAAGAACUCAAGCGGAACGAAGACUACGUCCGUAUGAUGCUCAAGCUCCUCUCCAAGUUUGCUGCAUAUUCGCAGUCACAACUAUCUGCCCGACAGAAAGCCUUGUCUAUGCCGCUCUCGAUAUUUGAGCAGGAAAAGCUAGCUGAAUACGUCACCGACCUCUUUGAGGGCGUGAGUCGGCUCCAAAAAGAUGUCACAACUCCAUUAGUCGACUUCUUUGCUGACUUGCGUGUGGAUCCGGCCAUUCGCCUCUACGAUGAUAAAGAUGGAUUUCAAAUACAGAUGUCCUUGCGAUUCCUGUUGGGUCCAGAGAUCACUAUUGACUCAAUCAAGGUUCGCUUGGUCAGCGCCGCCAAUUCUCAAAACACAGAUCAUUGGAUUGAAGGAUCGGCCAGCUUUGUGGUCAAAUCGACUGCGACCAAGAUCCUCGUUGAUUCUUCGACUACACUAGAAGGAAAAUUUUUCGUGGAUCGGCUUGAGAUGAAGUCUGGCAACCUCACAUUCACAUUCAACAGCGGACAACACACUUCACUUCCAGUCGGCUUUCGGGAGGUAGAAAGCACUGAUGACACUGAUCAACGGCCAUUCAUCUUCUGCUUCCCUCCACUAGACAGUCUUCAAGCGAAGGUGGUUUCGCCUCAUUUGAUCAACCUAGAGGCCAUGCGUACGCUGGAGCUGGAACUCAGCAGCGGACGGAAUGACAUCCAGAAGGGCACAAUUCGUGUGCGACCGGCAACUGCGGGUCUCCGCUUGCGAAUCGCUGAAACAGAGGUUGUAGAGGGUGAUCUGCAAGUUGUUGCCAACAACGACUCUGGGGCUAUUGAGUUCACUCAUCUCCCGCCCCGGUCAUUCGUACGAAUGCGCAUUCCAUACACUGUAGAGGACGCCUUGACAACACUCUCUACAAGGGCCGAGAUCAAUUACGGGACUGACCACGGCCAAUUUGCCUUCUCGACCGUGCAUAAUGUCAUUUCCACACUCCCAAUAUCCGUCAAUGUGCAGGACAUCUUCAAGGACGAAACUCUCUUCUCACGUUUCACCAUCAGCCCUGCCAUGCUGAUCCCACUGCGCAUCACCAAUUGCAACCUGCCCAGCUCGGAUGUCUACGAGGUGCAAUCCGGCAUCACGGGCCCCGUAUCAUUAGAUGUUUUCCCCAAGCAGCCAGCAUCUCUUAUUUACAAGAUACGUCCUGUUGGAGGCACAACCACCACGUCGGACGGGAAGAAACGCAGUCUGCGCCUGCAGGUUCACUUUACAUGUGUGGAUGACGAAUGCUUAGAUGCGAUUGAAAAGCGAUUCUUUGCCGCGAUUGACUCGAGUCCUUACAAGCAAUACGCAACGCUAUUUACUUCACACAUCCUCAGCUGUUUCCGCGCCCAGCUAACCACGGCAGACAUGGAGGUCAUUGGUCUUCUGCGUGAGGUGAACGUUCUCCCUUACCAGACCGUUCGAUGGGAUGACUUGCUUGGGGCACUCAAGGAAUGUACCAAGGAUGUACAAUCCUGGUUGAAGACUUGGCACGAGAAUAAUCCCGUCAUUUGCCUCCCCUCUCAGCCUACUAUUCCCAUCCGCAGCAUUAUCAUUCCCGUCGACAUCCCCGAAAUCCAAAUAGUACAUACAGCUGAUUUGCAGCUCCAGCCCACCGCCGAUGCCUUGAUCACUAGAUCCACCCAUGCGGCCGUUGGCCAGAUGAUUACUGCCGAGGUGGUACUGCGCCACACACGCCGUUGGUGCUCACCAAAAACCCAAGAGUUUCCGGGUCAAGAACUGGAAUGCUCAUACGAGCUUCACGCCAACCCAGAACUCUGGCUUUUAGGUGGUCGACGCCGCGGCAAUUUCCUUGCCCGCGAGGGCGAGACCACCCGUUUCACCGUCCUACUUCUUCCUCAGAAACCGGGCCAUCUGCUUUUGCCCGGCCUUGAGAUCCGCACUUUUGCCCCUAUAUUGGAGCAGUCGCUUACACCCUCUGCUCCUACAGAGUCGGGGGUGCCCAUCAUGCCUAUCGAGCGCCAGCUAAUCCCCUGUGAAGUUGAUUAUCGCAACUAUGGCCAGACACUGUUGGUGCUACCUGAUUUACGCAAGACUACGGUUAGUCUUAGUGCGACGGGUAGCCCUAGUGGGUCCUCGUGGCUGGUGGACUCCGAGCGACGAGCUGAGGUCCACUGA